AACAAUAUCUGGCAUUGUUUCUCAUACACCUCCUCCCUCCCUCCACUGACUGCGAAGCUUCAUUAAAGUUGUGUACUGUUUUCAAGGAUUGGGAAAACACCGUCAUUAAUUCCAUGUAGUGGGAGUAUUAUUGCUUACUACUAAUCUUUCGGUAAAGAGCCACUUAAGCAAACAUCGAAAGCAGACAGUCCACCAGGGGAACCACCUUAUUAUACUAAGAAGUGACAGAAAAGGGACAGUUAUACUCAUAAUUGUAGCCUUUGAGUAGUAGCUUUUAGUCUAUAAGCUACUUAUUCAUUGGAUUAAAACUUCUCUAAAAGGAAAGAGGGGGUUUUUGUCUUCUUAUAACUAGUAUUUAGACUGCAGCUUUUACUGAAUUGUUCAUACAUUUAGUCAUAAAGGAUAAACUUAGUAUAUCUACCUAUCUUUCUACCUCAAUCUCUGAGCAAUGACUGACAUUUGGCCAACUGCUUUUAUUGAUAUUACAGUGAAUAAUGGAUUGCUUCCAAAAGCGGGAGACGAUCGAAAAGCAGCUGCUAAAGAGGAUUAUUCAAAGAAUCUUGUAACAGCUAUCAAGCAACUAGUGCCACAUCUUCACGAGAAAACCACAGGGCAAUGUCGCAUUAUGCUAAAAGAGGUCUCAUUCAGUGAUUGCUGUGUUGCUGAUGUGACUCGAUUCACUCCAAAGCCUCACUCUCAUCCUUACGAUGGUGAUACCAAUCCUCACGAUGCAGUCAUCAUUAGCAUCGUUGCACCGCGUAAAGAUAAGAAUAACCAUGGCCUCACGGUAAAUGAUGUGCAGCAUAUUGGAGACUCCAUUAAAGACUUACUACAGAAGGAGCCAUACAAGAUUGACAGGAA